CAUAUAUUUUAUGAAGUAUUUUCUACUAUUAAAAAGGAUAAUAGAAAAGAAAUUGAAUUUAGUUAUUUAAAUUCAAAUUCUAAUGGUAUAGGUUGCAUUAUAGCUGAUGCUUAUAAAGGUCAAGUCAUUGGUCUUGAUAAGUUUUUACAUGAAAGAUAUCCAACAAUUUCUUCAGCUUUUACUAAAAUGGAUUUUGAAAUUUGGAAUACAAGCAGAAAUAAUACAAAUGUUAAUGAAAGUGCUUAUUAUAAUAUCAAUUUAGAUAGAACUUCAUUAUUAUUACUUGUAGCAAUUAAAAAAGAAUGGAAUGCAGCAUCAAAUUUUGAGAAAUACAAUGUAUCUACAAGUGGUAAAAAUAAAUCACAAGUACAAAAAUUUAAUGAAGUUUCUAAAACGUUUAAGUAA